CACACACUACAUAUAUCUUAUAUUUCAAUUUCCAAGGCAACUCAAUAUAGUUCCAAAACUUAUUUAUUUAUUUUUCUGAAAUCUAGUUCCGAAACUUGCUUAUUAAAAUAAAUAAAUAAAAUCAAGCUCCGAAACAGCUAAUGGAUCAACCUUCGUCGCUUCUCGCAACACAAAGAUAUGCUGUAGUUACCGGUGCAAACAAGGGAAUUGGAUAUGAAAUAUGUAGACAAUUAGCUACAAAAGGAGUGACUGUGGUGUUAACUGCAAGAGAUGAGAAGAGAGGUGUUGAAGCUGUUGAGAAGUUACUGAAGGAGUCUAACCUCUCUCAUCACAAUGUCGUUUUCCAUCAGCUUGAUGUCGUCAAUCAUGCCAGUAUUGAUUCCCUUGCAGAUUUCAUCAAUAGCCACUUUGGGAAACUUGAUAUUUUAAUAAACAAUGCAGCAAAUUCUGGGGCUACAUUACAUGCUGAUGCUUUUGUCAAAGAGUUCGAAUUGGCUCGUGGUGAUUGGCCAGAGCAGGGCAAUUGGAGUGAAAUGUCGAGUGAAAGCUAUGAAAAGACAGAAGAAUGCUUGAAAACAAACUACUAUGGUGCAAAAGCAAUGGUCGAAGCACUACUCCCACUCCUCCACUUAUCCGAUUCUCCCAGAAUCGUUAAUGUUUCCUCCCUUUUAGGACAAUUGCAGUUUAUUCCCAAUGAGUGGGCCAAAGAAAUGUUAAGCGACGGCGAAAAGCUAUCAGAAGAGCGAGUGGAGGAGGUAGUGAGUGUGUUUUUGAAAGAUUACAAAGAAGGUAAGUCAGAAGCAGAGGCAAAAGGAUGGCCUGGACACUUGUCAGCUUACAAAGUAUCAAAAGCUGCCAUUAAUGCCUAUACAAGGAUUUUGGCCAAAAAGUAUCCAAAUAUUUUAGUUAAUUGUGUGCAUCCCGGCUAUGUCAUCACCGAUAUGACUUGCAAUACUGGCCAGACGACUGCCGUCGAAGGCGCUCAAACUCCAGUGUGGUGCGCACUUUUACCCAACGACACCACCACCAACAAUCCUUCUGGCCUUUACUUUUCACAACCGAAUCAAGUCUUACCUUUCUGAUACCGAUACGAUCACCAUUAGCUUGUUUAUUGUUGCACUUUACUGAAGAAACUUAAUCAUAUCUCGCGAAUUUUAAUUUGCAUGUGUACAAUUUGAGAAACUUUUGAUUGAUUUACUGUUG